AUGGUUUGGUCUGGUGAACAACGUGGCUUUGCCGUCCGUACGUUUUUUGAAAAUGGCCGAUCGUUCGUCGCAACUCAGCGAGCGUUCCGGCUGCAGUUUAACCUUGCGCGUCAUGAUACCGUCCCUCACCGUAAUGUUAUCGCGAAUUGGGUGCGUACAUUUGAAGAAACUGGAUCUACACUAAGACUUAGAGGUUCAGGAAGACCCAAAACGGUAAGAACACCUGAAAAUUUGAUAAGAGUGAGUGAAGCUAUUGUGCAGUCGCUAUUUUGCACCAAGACUUAUUCUUCCACCCCUACAAAAUUAUGA